CCCACAGGUGUCCCGUAGCAGACGAAAAUGGCCACCUCUGAGGAGUGGACGACAACUUCAGGGCCUCGGGACGAUUCGGGCGAAAACCUGGCUAGAAAACAGGACAAUGGUGCUGGGUGUUUAAAGUGUGGAGACUACUGCCCUGGACUUGAGCUUCAUGAGUGGAGGAACUGUUGUACCCAGUGUAAGUGUAGAAGAGAGGACCAUGAUGUGUACAGCAGGGAUGUUACCACACUGUUUGGGAAGUUACAGAUCAGUCAAGACACGCCUGCUGCAAAGGGGUAUGCCUGGGUACCUCCUGGGAUUUCCUCUGUGGACAAGCUUGAAGAGUACAUGAAUGCACUUCCUGAUGACAGGGUCCCCAGAAUAGGCACGUCUGGAGAGAGAGCCAGGCAACGCAACCUGGUCCUGCAGUUACCACUUCAGGAUUUUGAUGAAGACUUUUGUGGCAGUGAGCUGACAGAUGCAGAGAGGAGAGACUUCAAGUUAUUCCGACAGAAGAGAGAUUACCAGUCCUACGGCAUGGGAACAGUCAGAGAGAGUAUUGAACGAGACAUGAAAUGUUACAAAUGUGAGGGCACAAUCCCGGAGGGAGGCAUAGCGGUCACCACUUCCCACACAGGUCCAGAGGUCUGCUGGCACCCCGGCUGUUUCUGCUGCAGUACCUGUCAGAUCCUCCUGGUGGACCUGCUGUACUUCUACCGAGGCAGCGCCAUCUACUGUGGCAGGCACUACGGAGAGUCCUUACACCCCAGGUGUUACGGUUGUGAUGAGUUGAUCUUUGCAGGUGAAUACACCAGAGACAUGAGUAAGCAACAGUGGCACGCUACGCACUUCAACUGCUUCAACUGUAACAACAGUCUGACUGGCCAUCGCUACGUCAACCGUGACACCAACCACUACUGUUUGAAAUGUUACGAGAAGCUGUUCGCCUUCCCCUGCGAGCACUGUGGCCAGAAGAUCGGGACUGAUGUGAAGGAUCUGUCCUUCAACAAUAAGCACUGGCAUGAGCAGUGCUUCAACUGCUCCAAGUGUAAGAAGUCUCUGGUGGACCAACAGUUCACCCAGAAGAGUGACAAGAUCUACUGUGCCCAGUGCCACAAGGAGACCUUCCUGGGCAAGUGUGAUGGCUGCAACCAGCACUUUGACCCUGGUGACAAGAAGAUGGAGUACCAGGGUAAGAACUGGCACGAGAAGUGCUUCACCUGUAAGGAGUGCAAGAAGCCUGUCGGCACCAAGAGCUUCAUCGCCAAGGAUGAUAAGGUCAUCUGCCAGCCCUGCUACGAGGACAAGUACGCCAAGAAGUGCGAGAAGUGCAGGAAGGUGAUCUCGAUGGGUGGUAUCACCUACAAGGACACCCCAUGGCACAAGGAGUGCUUCGUCUGCACCCACUGCAAGAAGCCCAUGUCUGGGGAGCGCUUCACCUCCAAGGACAACAACCCCUACUGCAUCAACUGCUACGGGGACCUCUUUGCCAAGAAGUGUGCCAAGUGCACCAAGCCUAUCACCGGUCUUGGUGGCACCAAGUUCAUCACCUUUGAGAACUCCAACUGGCACAGCGACUGCUUCAACUGCACCGGCUGCAAGACUUCGCUGGUCGGCAAGGGGUUCACCAACGAGGGUGGACGCAUCCUCUGUCCUGACUGCACCAAUCAGGAGGCCCAGGUCAAGGGGCAUUAGACGGCGCUACGACGCCGUGCGAACGGUCUCACAACAUUAGUACGAUCACCCAAGAUCUAACUAACACAUAUCAUCUGGGUGUUGUGAGACUGUGUACUCCUGCAUAGUUGACUCCAAAACUUGGCUUUGCAGAGGAAUACUGUAGAUUGAAAUGAAACUUGAAGAUUCAAAACUGGAGAGUGAUAAAAAAAGCUGUUUGGUUUUACAUGUAAUGCAAGUGCAUGAUGAAGACGGGAAUAGUUUAACCGGAUGUGUUAACGUUAUUUCUUCAACCAAUCAUAAUGAGCAUUUUAUUUGAUUAGGUUAAUCUGUUUGGAAACCUUUGAAAGAAUAAUAUUGAUAGACCAUUGUCAAUUGGUUCCACAUAUUAUAUUACUAUGACAUGUCUGUGUCAGUUCAAAAAUUGCUGAAUACAUCGUAGAACACAAACUUAGUUUCACAAAGCAAGUGACAAAUCAUAUGAAAUGAUUGUGCUUUCCAACAUUCAGAAAAAGGAAUAAUUUUGAGUUAUGAUAAUAAGAACUAAGGUGAUAAAGUAGAGAACUUUAAGUUGUGGCAAUCACAUCUAGGGUCUAGCAAUCAUAUCAGUGUAAGUGCCAGUGGUGUAUCAUAAACAGUAUAUUCUAGUUAAGCGUAUGUUAGUUAAUGUUAUAAAUGGCACAUAUGUAAGAACACAGUAUUAUGUUACACUUUUAUGGGUGAAGGCUCCACAGCCUAUUCUAAUCUUGAUUGUAUAAUACAAUGUAAUACGUCCUCAAUUAGUCAAAAUCGUCUAUAGGCCUUGCCAUCUCUUUUGGAAGGAUAAUUUUCAAAAAAGUAUGACACCAAAUUUUAUGUUUACCCACUGCCAAAUCAAAGGUUCUCCAAAGAAAACUAAAUUUUGCCAGAUUUCGUAAAGCCUUUGAUUUUUUGUAAUGACAACAUGAAAAACUUGCCAAAAAGAAUAUCUUACAAAAAAGAACUAGACAAUAUUCCCUACAUUAUUAAAUUGUAUAAAUUGUCCAGCUGAGUUUUGUGUACAUGUACACAUGUUUUGCAUAAUUUAAAGAAAGAAACAAUUGUUUUCAGUGAUCAUAAUCAAUUGGACUCAAUGUUUUAAUAAGUGAUAGAAUUUCUGUUAACCUUUACAGCAAAUUUUGUUCCUCACUGAUUUAAGUUUCAACUUGUCUUCUUUCAUUGGCCAUUACUGUACUUUAAAAAGAAAGAGAAGCAACAGUAAGGUAGACAAUCUUUAAAAGUAUGCAAAGAUAAUUGUAGAUCUGAAAUUUUCAUUCAUAUUAUCAAGGGUGUAUCAAUUUGCAAUGUGUACUGUACACUAGAUAUUAGAUGGACUAGUAAUUAACUGCUAGUAUGUAUUAUCUGUCACUUCCACUAUGCAAUUAUACAUGUACAAUUCUACUUUUAAACUUCAGCUUGCUUGCAAGUAUCUUACUUUAAAAUAAGUUUAAGACAUUUUAUGGUGUGAUUCUUUUCUGCUUCUAUAAUAUUUGGUUGAUUUUUUUUUACAGAUAGCUACAGAAUUUUCAAACAGAGUUUUAAAACACUUGAUAUAUUUUACAUGUAGUUUGCACUUAAAAGUUGGUUAAUGCAAGGCAUCAAGUAUCAUAAGUUUUAUCUUACUGGAAAGUUAUUGCUACUAUAUCUGGUAUAUUAUGCUAUGGAAUAUGUUGAUCGCUGCUGAGAAUAUAUGUAAAUGAGGCUUUAAUGAGGUAUUCUAUAUAUAUUAACUGGUGGGUUUUGGUGCUGUGAUGAGACUUAUUCUCUUUAAUUUGUUCUUGCAAAUCAAGCUAAUAAAGUGGAAUAAAGGGGGAA